UUUCGGGCAGUAGUCGCUCUGGUCUCUAUCACUACUGCAGUCGGCAGUGCAGCUCGCUUAGCUUGCAGUGGUCCGGUAAACUGCUUGGAGUUACAGGAAAACGUUUAGUAAGAACACAGCAGGACACGAGUGGAUUACAGAAAGUGCAAAAACAAACAGGGUUUUUUUUUCUAUCGCUCACAGGAACAAAAAAUUUAACCCUGAAACUGUGUUGCUCCAGAAAAAUAAAUCGGCGGGAAUGGCUUCAUCUCCUUGCGGCAAUAGCAGCUUCGAUUCCGGUCUCGAGAUCAAAACUCGUUCGGUGGAGCAGACACUCAUCCCUCUGGUUUCUCAGAUUACCACCCUGAUCAAUCACAAGGACAAGCUGAAGAAGUCGGGGAAGACCCAGCGUGCGCUGCAGAGGCUGGGCCAGGCCGUCAGCGUGGCCGUGGGCCGCUUCGUCACCGUGGGCCAGGUCAUCGCCACCGAGAACCUGGAGCUGAGGGAGGAGAUGAGCCUGGCGUGCAGCGAGGCGCGGCGAGCGGGAGACACCAUUGCCCGGCUCACAGAUGCGGCAGGCACAGAGCCCUUGGAGCCAGAUGGGCGGAACACCGCCUUCACCGACAGGACGGCCAUGGUGAAGGCUGCCAGGAUGCUGCUGUCCUCCGUCACCAAAGUGCUGGUGCUGGCUGACCGCAUCGUCAUCAAACAGAUCAUCAGCUCCCGCAACAAGGUGCUGAUCACCUUAGAGCAGCUGGAGAGAGUCUUCAGUUUCCAAGAAUUUGUCCAGAUCUUCAGCCAGUUUGGGAACGAGAUGGUGGAGUUUGCACACCUUACUGGGGACAGGCAAAAUGAUCUGAAAGAUGAGAAGAAGAAAGCCCGAAUGGCUGUCGCACGUGCUGUGCUGGAGAAGUGCACCAUGAUGCUCCUCACAGCCUCCAAGACCUGCCUGAGACACCCAGACUGCGAGUCUGCUCGCAUCAACAAGGACGCCGUCUUCCAGCGCAUGCGCUUCGCCCUGGAGCUGGUCGUCCAGAUUGUGACUGACACGCGGCCGAGCACGGACGCUGAGACCCUGCCCGUCAGUAUCUACUGUGGGAUCAGGGACUUCAAGGCCAAGGUGGAGGGGCUGCGGGAGCAGCUGUACUGCGUGACCCGGGAAAGUCUGACAGCCCUGCUGGAGCGUAUUGCGGAGCAGACCGAGGACUUCACAGACUCAGCCUACACCAGCCAUGAGCAUCGAGAGAGCAUCCUGCAGCUGUGCCACCUCGCCAGGCAGGAGCUGAGGCAGCUGGGCGCACACUGGGAGCUUGCUCAGUCCCUAGGAGCCAGUGAAGCCACUGAGGAAAUGGAGAUCAGCAUUCUGAAGACCUGUCACUGUGUGAGUGAACUACGGCAGGAGCUCCACAGGGCAGCAGUGGGGCCUGCAUUGGACCUGCUGAAGUACCACACUGAGCACACGGUGCUGAAGGCCCUGAAGGUGUCUGGAGGGGAGGGUAACCUGGAGGGCGUGGACGAGUAUUCCUGCAGACUCACUGAGCAGAAGGAGCAGUUGGUCGAGACAUGUAGACUCCUGCGUCACGUCUCAGGGACCGAGCCACUGGAGAUCACAUGUGUACAUGCAGAGGAGACCUUCCAGGUCAUCGGGCCACAGAUAAUCUCAGCAGCACAAACACUGGCGCUCCAUCCAACCAGUAAAAUCGCCAAAGAGAACCUGGAGGUGUUCUGUGAGGCCUGGGAGUCACAGCUUAGCGACAUGUCCAUCCUGUUGAGGGAGAUCAAUGAUGUGUUCGAGGGACGAAGAGGAGAUAAAAGAACAUACCUGUCAUUACCGCGGCCAGGGAAACAUUUGCCAAACCUGAAGGUGGUGAAGGCUGUCAAGCUUGAUGCUGAGGAGCAGUCCACUGUAGCUAAGCUGGGCCUGGAACUGAGGCUAAUCACAUCAGACCUGGACUCUGAGUGCGAGAAAUGGGAUGACCAUGAGCAUGACAUCAUCCGUCAGGCACAGAGCAUGUCAAGCAUGGCCUACUCCAUGUAUCUCUUUACCAGAGGAGAGGGCCUACUGAAGACGACCCUGGACUUGUUCCAGCAGGCUGAGGUGUUUUCGGAGGAGGGCUUUCAGCUGUGCUCGUCUUUGCAAGCGCUCUCAUCUCAGGUGGGAGAUGAGGAAAAAGUGAUGAUUACCUCAGAGACAGAGAAGCUAGUAACCUUGUGCCAGCAGCUGCAGGUAACUGCAAGAAGCAUGGUGCAGGGCAAGAGUGCCACCUUCCUGAAGGUUCAGUCCUCUGUACAGCAUACCAAAGGCAUCCUGGAAAUUGUAGUUUUCCUCCUACCUGCCUGUCACAAGCUUGCCAGAAAGUACCUGUCAGAGAGCAGCAGUCUGAGCUCCCCUCAGAUCUGGAGGGAAAAGCACCUGGCCAUCCCAGAUAAAGAAGACCCUCUCAACAACAAGAACACCAGCGGGUUUGGGGUUAAAUCCUUGGAGCAUCACAUGGCCAGUCUCACAUUCCUGGAGAGCAAGUAGCCUCAUUCACACUCAGUCCAGACCUGACUGGCAUGAACCUGUGUAGUUCACUGUGGAGCAUACUGCUCACUGCCACCAGAGGGCAGUGUGAAGCACAAGACUGAUGUAUUUUCGCAGAAACAGGUUGACUUUAGUGAAACUGUUCAGUUGUGUCCCAGCAACCUGGCAGUGCAUUGCUUUGUGGUGCCUCUGUAUCUCCAAGUUCCAGAUUCCUGCCAAUAUGCUGUAAAAGUGAAAAAAAAGGCAUGCAGAUUGACAUGUACUGUAUAGGUGAGAAAAUGUGACUUUUCCGUUUAUAUUACAUGGACUUUUUUCACUAUUGAAAUUUGCGCUGGGCUAAGAGUCCUAGUGCAAUUUAGUCAACAAAUGUUCAUAUGAUCUGCUGCAUAGAACAAUCAUAAACAUGAUCAAGGCUCAGAACAAAGAUGUACUGCGAGCAGGUAUUUCUGUCAUACAUGCAUUGAUAGUGAUUUGAAAAGAAAGAAGGCGCAGUACUCUGUGACAGUGCUUUACUUCAUGUAACUAUUACCUUCUAGAAGAAAUAUUAGCACCAUUGGAAGGUCUUUUCCCCCUGAGAGAGAUUUUGUCCAAAUUAAUUCAGUUAGAUUUUAUUGACUUUCAUGUAUGCAUUUGUAAUAAUUUUAUUUUUUUUAAACAUGUGUAAUUGUAUUUCCACAGAAGAUAUGGCUCCUGUAUUUGAAGGACACAUUGAUCAUGCACAAACACAAUUAAAUGCAGCAAGCUUCCUAAUGUGCCAUGAGUUAAGCAAAGCAACUGGAAGCAAACUAUGGCCAUUGCAUAAAAUGUUGAAUGAUAAAAAUUUCAAAUUUAAAAACAUUCAUGCUUAUGUACAUUAUUAUUGUUUGUGUAAGUAACAUAUUGCACACUGCCGAAUGCAUUCACAAUUUUGGAAUUGAAGUUACACCAUUUUAACAAAUUAUGUAAUCCUAUACACUGUAAGGUGGUUUUAGUUAGUGUCCAGAAGAGCAUAUAUUUUAAACUAGUGCAGUCAAAAUCUAGACACUUCUCUGUUACUGCUGGUUAAUUGGUUGGAAUUCAAUCAUGUGAUGCAUCGGUAAUCUCAUAAUUACAUUUUAUUCAUUUAUCAUUUAUUUGUCCACAUCCAUUGAGAUAAAACAAUCCCAUUUAAGGGAGCCCUGGCCACUGUAUUAAAUGUUAUGUUAUGAAAAAGGAUUCUGACAUUCUGUCAUUGUGAUCACACCAUUUCAACAUGUACCCAUGGGUACUAUCACUCAGUAAUUUGAACAGAGAAGAAACAUUCUGAUAGUGAACAUUUAGAUGCAUAUGUGUAGUUUAUUAAUUGUUCUGCUUAGCACCUGGAGAGAUGCUCUGGUAACUAAACCAAAUUCCAAUUGCUUUGUGACAAAGCCAAUCAAUACUGUGUAUUUCUACUCUUUAAAAUGAAGGUGCUUUGCCUGACAGAAACCUCUGUCUCACUGUUAGCCAGGUCUGUUUCUGACACAAGUCUGUUGUUUUCAAAGGACUUGUAUGUUAUAUCACAUUGUUCUGCCAUAUAAACCCAUUGUGUUUCCUCCAAAUUUCAAAUAUGAAAUCUGUAAAACUGAAAAAUAUUUUUCAAAUAAAGAUACCACUUUGCUACUUCUAA